AUGUCAGUACCAACGGACGAGCUGCUGAGGACCUUUGACCUGUACGACCGCGAGUCUGUCGGCAGCAUUCCCGUCGAGAGCGUCGUACAUGUGCUGCGCAGCUGUGGCAUGUUCUGCAGCGAUAAGGAUGUUGCGGAACUGCUGCACGAGCUGUUUCCCACGCAUGAUUCAGUAACGCGUAGUGAGUUCAUGGCGAUUGUAAAAAAGAAGAACACCCUCAAGCCGGCGGACUUCCGCACGGUGGAAGACGUGGUGAUGGCGUUCAAUGCCUUCGACACGCAUGACGCCGGCGCGCUGGCCUCCGACGAGGUCCUCUCGAUCCUCACACGCAUGGACGAGAAGAUCGGCAUAGAUGCGUACCACGACGUGAUGGCGGACUUCAAGUUGAAUGAGGCAGACAUGGCGGAGAUCAAACCCCUCGCAGCUCAUAUUAUGCGGCCGGUGAAGGAGCACAAACUCACCCCGACGCAAACCCUUCAGGAGCUGGAGAGGUGA